GUCGGAGAGUUUCAGUUUUAGAGGAAGGAUAUUAAACGUUAGCGUUUGCACUGUCGCCAACGGAGUCUGUAGGACAGACUGAGCAAAAGAUAAGGAAUGGCAGUUGAUAUUUGUCGCCAAUUGAGAGCCGUCUGGUAAGAGUUGAGAGCUUGUUUCGUUCUUAUACACAGGUGUUAUUUAUUACUCAUGAAUGCGAAUAUCAUUUGAACUGCCCUUACGUCGAUUUUCUGGAUUAUAUAGGCAUAGAUAUACAUUUUGCACGGACACAAUUUGGGCGAAAUCCACUGAUUCAGCAAUGCCAUCCCAUUGGCCACAGACGUCAAUUCAAUGUUUAGUUGUGAUUUACAGUUGGUUGAGUUAUCACUAACGUGAAUUCAACAAAACAUGCCACGAUGUCAUUGGAUUUAGGCAAAAAAAGGGUGACUUCAAGAGCUUGAGGGGGCAACACCACAACACAACCAUUACAGCCUGACACACACACACAACCAACACAAACACACACUGAACCUCGGCAUGCUGUCGAACGAGAGCUGCGAGAACAGCACCCAUAUCCACACGGACGGGAACCCGGUGGUGAGCACAGUGAUGUUCAUCCUGGGGGUGAUGGGGAACUUUAUCGCCCUGGCCAUCCUGGGGGUCCACCAGAAGGAGCGACGCACCAAGUCCUCUGUCUUCUGCAUCCUGGUGACGGGACUGGCCCUGACUGACCUGCUGGGAACCUGCUUCCUCAGCCCCCUGGUGUUUGUGUGCUAUGCCCGCCAGCGAUCCCUGCUGGGGCUCACUGGGGACCAGGGACUCUGUGGCCUCUUUGCCUUUGCCAUGACCUUCUUUGGCCUGGCCUCCAUGCUCAUCCUCUGUGCCAUGGCCGUGGAGCGCUGCCUGGCCAUCAGCCACCCCUAUUUUUACUCCAAGUGCGUCCGACGCAGCUUCGCCAAGGUGGCACUCCUGCUUAUCUACAUCUUCACCUGCGCCUUCUGUGUUUUGCCAUUCUUCGGCUUUGGCCGCCACAAGCAGUACUGCCCGGGCACGUGGUGCUUCAUCAAGAUGGAGGCGGCAGGUGAGGGGGUGGACGAAGAGAGGAAGGUUCUGGCUUUCUCUUUGUCCUACGCCUCGCUCAUGGCGCUGCUGAUCGUGGCGGUGUUUGUGUGCAACGGCUCUGUGAUUGUCAGCCUGUGCCGGAUGCACCGCAGCCAGAUGACACGGCGUGGUUCGGUGGUGAACGGAGGGAGGAAGAGGAAGAUGAGUCUGGGCUGGUUCGGACAGGGGGAGGAGGAGAUGGACCACCUGAUGCUGCUGGCCUCCAUGACGGUCAUCUUCGUUGUCUGCUCCUUGCCGCUCACUAUUGCCGGUUUUGCCAAUGCCAUUGAGCCAGUGGGUGACGACCAGGAGAAUCUGCUGGCGUUCCGUUUCCAGGCCCUCAACCCCAUCGUGGACCCCUGGGUCUUCAUCAUCUUCCGCAAGUCCGUGUUCCGCCACCUCCGCUCGCUGCUGCGCUGCCGUUUCACGGGGGGAGCAGUGAAGAACACGGCCCACUGCACAUUCUCCUUAACCCCUGAUGACCACAGGGAGUCUCCCAAACCCUUGCCCUCUGUUUCCUUGCAGCCCAAGCUAUACUCCAGCCUCUUAUGUGGGGGUGGGACUCGGGGCAGGAAAGAGAAUGGGAUUUAGGGAUGGAUGGAUGUGGGAGAACAGACAUUUGGGGGAAGGGGUUCGGGAUUUAGGGUUUGGAGAAUUAACUUUUUUGAUUAUUAGUACCUUAUCCACUGUUGACUAGGAUACAUAUAGUAUACCCGAUGCAUGAGUAUACCCGAUGCAUGAGUAUACCCGAUGCAUGAGUAUACCCGAUGCAUGAGCUACAUGUUUCAUACAUGUGAGUGCCAUAUAAAAAGACUGCAAAGUGAGCGAUUAUGCCUCCAAACACACUGAAAACAAAAAAAAAACUCCAAGCAACUGAAAUGGAUGUAUGCAGGAGACCACUAAGGGAUUCAUUAUGGACAACCAGCCCUGGAACGGCAAAGGACUCUGUCGACAUACAGUGCCUUCAGAAAGUAUUCAUACUUUAGUUUUACCUUUAAGCAAUUCAGUUAAUAACAAAUUCUUAUUUUCAGUAAUGGCCUAGGAACAGUGGGUUAGCUGCCUUGUUCAGGGGCAGAACGACAGAUUUUUACCUUGUCAGCUCGGGGAUUCGAUCUUGCAAUCUUUCGGUUACAAGUCCAACACUCUAACUACGAGGCUACCUGCCACCCCUUGACUUAUUCCACAUUUUGUUGUGUUACAGCCUGAUUUCAAAAUGGAUUAGAUAUAUUGUUUUCCUCACCCAUUACACACAAUACCCCAUAAUGACGAAGUGAAAAUAUGUUUUUAGAAAUGUUUGUAAAUGUUUUGAAAAUGAAAUACAGGAAUAUCUUAUUUACGUAAGUAUUCACAACCCCUGAGUCAAUACAUGUUAUAAUCACCUUUCGGAGCGAUUACAGCUGUGAGCUUUGCAAACCUGGAUUGUACAAUAUUUGCACAUUAUCAUUUUUUAAAAAUCUCUCAAGCUCUGUCAUUGCUAUACAGACAUUUUCAAGUCUUGCCAUAGAUUUUCAAGCCGAUUUAAGUCAAAACUGUAACGAAGCCAAUCAGGAACAUUCAUCUUGGUAAGAUACUCCAAUGUGGAGUAUUAGGUUAUUAUCCUACUGAAAGGUGAAUUUGUCUCCCAGUGUCUGUUGGAAAGCAGACUGAACCAGAUUUUCCUUUGGGAUUUUGCCUGUGCUUAGCUCUAUUCUGUUUCUAUCCUAAAAAAGUCCCUAGUCCUUGCCGAUGACAAGUAUACCCAUAACAUGAUGCAACCACUGCCAUGCUUGAAAAUAUGAAGAGUGGUGCUCAGUGAUGUGUUGUUGGAUUUGUCCCAAACAUAACGCUUUAUAUUCAAGACAUAAAAUCAAUUUCCUUGACACUUUAGUGCCAUGUUGCAAACAGGAUGCAUUAUUUGGAAUAUUUUUAAGGUUAGUAAUUGUGGAGUAACCACAAUUUUGUUGAUCCAAACUCAGUGUUCUCCUAUCACAGCCAUUAAACUCUAACUGUUUUUAAGUCACCAUUGGUCUCAUGGUGAAAUCCCUGAGUGUGUUCCUUCCUCUCUGAGUUGGAUGCAUGUAGCUUUGUAGUGACUGGGUGUUGAUACACCAUGUAAAGUGUAAUUAAUAACUUCAUCGUGCUCAAAGGGAUAUUUAAUGUCAGCUUUUUUUUUACCCAUCUACCAAUAGGUGCCCUUCUUUGCAAGGCAUUGGAAAACCUUUGGUCUUUGUGGUAGGAUCUGUGUCUGAAAUUCACUGCUCGACUGAGGGACCUUACAGAUACUUGUAAGUGUAGGGUAAAAACCAUGUUAUCCACUAUUAUUGCACGGGUGAGUCCAUCAAAAUUGAUUAAAAUGUUAUUUGUCACAUGCGCCGAAUAUUUACUUACAAGCCUUAAAUAAAGUCAAAAAUAAAAGAGCAACAAUAAAAUAAGAAUAACGAGGCUAUACACAGGGGGUACCAGUACUGAGUCAAUAUGCCAGGGUUCAGGUUAAUUGAGGUAAUAUGUACAUGUAGGUAGGGGUAAAGUGACUAUGCAUAGAUAAUAAACGGCGAGUAGCAGCAGCGUAAGAAAAGGGGGCGACUCAAUGUAAAUAGUCAGGGUGGCCAUUUGAUUAGCUGUUCAGCAGUUUUAUGACUUGGGGAUAGAAGCUGUUAUGAAGCCUUUUGGACCUUGACUUGGCGCUCUGGUACCGCUCACCGUGCGGUAGCAGAAAGGGUAGCUGGAGUCUUUGGCAAUUUUUAAGGGCCUGCCUCUGACACUGCCUGGUAUAGAGAUCCUUAUUGGCAAGAAGCUUGGCCCCAGUGAUGUACUGGGCCGUACGCACUACCCUCUGUAGCGCCUUGCGGUCGGAGGACAAGCCGUUUGCCAUACCAGGCGGUGAUGCAACCAGUAAGGAUGCUCUCGAUGGUGCAGCUGUAUAACUUUUUGAGGCUCUGGGGACCCAUGCCAAAUCUUUUCAAUAGGUGUUGUCGUGCCCUCUUCACGACUGUCUUGGUGUGUUUGGACCAUGAUAGUUUGUUGGUGAUGUGGACACCCAGGAACUUUAAGCUCUAAACCUGCUCCACUACAGCUUGGCCCUCCAUUUCCUGAUGUCUACGAUCAUCUCCUUUUGUCUUGAUCACGUUGAGGGAGAGGUUGUUGUCCUGGCACCACACUUCCAGGUUUCUGAUCUCCUCCCUAUAGGUUGUCUCAUCGUUGUCGGUGAUCAGGCCUACCACCGUUUUGUCAUCGGCAAACUUGGCCACGCAGUCAUGGGUGAACAGGGAGUGCAGGAGGUGACUAAGCACGCACCCCUGAGGGGCACCAGUGUUGAGGAUCAGCGUGGCAGAUGUGUUGUUGCCUACCCUUACCACCUGGGGGCUGCCCAUCAGGAAGUCCAGGAUCCGGUUGCAGAGGGAGGUGUUUAGUCCCAAGGUCCUUACCUUAGUGAUGAGCUUUGAGGGCACUAUGGUGUUGAACGCUGAGCCGUAGUCAAUGAACAGCAUUCUCACGUAGGAUUUCCUUUUGUCCAGGUGGGAAAGGGCAGUGUUGAGUGCAAUAGAGAUUUGCAUCAUCUGUGGAUAUGUUGGGGCGGUAUGCAAAUUGGAGUGGGUCUAGUGUUUCUGGGAUGAUGGUGUUGAUGUGAGCCAUAACCAGCCUGUCUAAGCACUUCAUGGCUACUGACAUAAGUGAUACGGGGCCAUAGUCAUUUAGGCCGGUUACCUUUGCUUUCUUGGCCACAGGGACAAUUCUUUACCAUUAAACAUAUUAUUUGACUUGUUAAGCACAUUUUUACUCCUGAAUUUAUUUAGGCUUGCCAAAACAAAGGGGUUGAAUACUUACUGACUCGAGACAUUUCAGCUUUUCAUUUGUAAUGAAUUUGUAACAUAAUCCGUUUUAAAUUCAGGCUGAGUCAACAAAAUGUGGAAAAGUCAAUGGGUAUGAAUAGUUUCUGAAGGCAGAGUAUAUACACACCCGGUGAAGCCCAUGAAAACAUUGCACUAGGUCUUCUGUCCAGGUAUCACUGAACUCCAUUUCCAAGCUGGGGAGAGAAUGUUCCUGUUAAAAUAUCUACUAAACUGUUGUUAGCUUACCAAAGAUGGUAUGGUGGUGUCCACUAUUACUACCUUAUGGAAUUUAGAAUUCAUCACUUCCUGAAUGAUUUCACAUCUUGUAAAUGUACAAAACAGACAAUAUGCCCUUGCGUAUGCCCAAGUCGUUCAGGUCAUUAUCUUAAAAUGACAUUCACAACAGUGUAGUCAAUCAACAUGCAGGAAUGAGAAAGAUGUGAUUUUGUUAUGCUGUGUUUUAUUGACAACCUCUUUGCCCUUUAAAAUGUCUCUCUGAUCGGUCACAUAAUUGAUGUGCGGGAUGCAGGUCCCAGCUGGCCUCGUACGAACCAUCCUGAUCUCGUAAGCUGACGUGCACGGAUCCGUGUCGCGAAACAGAAUGUAAGUGUGUGAGAUCAGAAUGGUUCGUACCAGGCUAGGUCACAUCAGGUCACCUUUCCUACAACGUGACGGCCUCUUCUUCGCACAUGUCCCCUGAAUCUAUGGUCAAGUUUUAAUGAGGGCCAAUCUCUCUAUCUUCUUUUAAGGAUGAAUGGAUCGUGGAUCUUAAAUCCAUGUCUCAGUUUCCAAACUUUUGCGUCCAACACUUCCGUCAUCAAUACGCUGUUGUGGGUAAUCAAAUCUAGGGCGUAUUCUGGGCUCAUUGUGAAAGACCUGUGUCUAUGGCGCUAUUCUGUUGUACAAUAUAGUGUAUGGACAUUCCUUACUGCACUCACUCAAGAGGGUACCUAUUAUCCCAUUCUUAUCAAGCUAAUUCAUUUGACCUAUAUUGUCACAGCAAAAUAAUCCUGCAGCAAAAUUAUUUGAACGUUUAGUCCAUAUUGUUUCUUGAUCGGUGGUUAUAGGCUAUUAGCUGGUAAAAAAGAGGCUACUAUGAAAAGUGCAAUACUGUUAAUAUAACCCGUGUGUUUUCAGUGAAUUUAUGUACAUCAUGAUGCUCAUAUGCAUUUAAUGCAGUGUAGUGAUCAAAUGAAGAUCCUACAUCUGUAUGAGUCUGUUUGAAUGUAGUCAAUAUAUGAACUGCUCCUGUGUCUGUAGUUCUGUCGUUGAAAAAGCUCACAAAACGAUGUUUGAAGUUGUUGCUUUUUCUGUCCUCUUUCUCCUCCAUCACUAUGGCUGCGGUUACACAGGCAGCCCAAUUCUGAUAUUUUCACAUACAUCAGAUUUUAAAAAAUAAAACUUUUUUUUAGAGCUGAUCUUCUUGUUAAAUAGGCCAAUUACAAAAAAAAACAAAAAAAGAUCAGAAUCUGGCUGCCUGUGUAAACGCAGCCUCUGAUAGUGAUUGCAUGAAGAGUGCUGUGUUUGCUGGUGGUAAGUCCUUUUUGUGUAUGUUUCUAUGUGUUCUCUCAGUUGUAUGGAUGUUUUGUGCUGUUGUGUUUGAUGUUUGUGUAUGUGAUUUGUGUUGUGUUUUGCGGUGUGUUGUAGUGAUUUUGUUUCCUGAGCUAUGAUGUGCCACAUGCCCAGUUUUCGUUCCAGUCUGGCUUCUUGCACUUGAGAAUAUACGGUGUCAGAUAUGUUCUUGCAGUAUUGGGAUCAAUUGUAACAAAUGUGAAUACAUGUUAGA